AAUCACCUGUACUUGGAAAAAGUUUUGGGACGAAGAUUCACGAUGAAAUAUCUCUGUGAAGUUCUUCUCUUCUGUUUUUUCGCGACGGUGCUUUCGAACUCGACUAAACUGUCGUCUAAACCAGCAAGAACCGAUAACGAUACGAAAGAUCAUCCGCAUUGUGGUGUCAAUAAUAACUAUUUCUACGCUGGUCCGAACUCCAAAAAAAUAGAAAAUAUGUUUUCUGACAUUCAACAACAACUGACCAAACUUGAACAAGAAGUCCGAAACAUAAAGAAGAACCAAACUUGUGUGAAGCAAGAUGGGAAAGGUUGGUGGGAAAAUGACUUUUAGAUUGAACGAAGACGAUUUAGUUUACCUGGUGCUCAUUCGGUUUCACUUUCUCUCUUUUUUCUUUCAGCUGUUUAUAAGAACUGCGCCGAAGUUUACAAGUCAGGCGACAAGAUCAGUGGUGUAUACAAAAUCGAUCCUGAUGGUUCGGGAGAAUUUGAAGUCUUCUGUGAUCAGACAACAGCUGGUGGAGGAUGGACGGUGUUUCAAAAGAGAUAUGGUGGUGCAGUAGAUUUUUUCCGCGGCUGGAAUGACUACAAACAGGGCUUCGGCAAUCUGAACGGCGAGUUUUGGCUCGGACUGGACAAAAUGCACCGCCUGACUGCGAGUAGCAGUAACAAGCUUCGUGUUGACUUGGAAGACCUUCAUGGUAAAACAGCGUUUGCAGAGUACAGUUCAUUUUCUGUGGCAAGCGAAAGGGCGAAAUACCUGCUGAGUUUGGGAGUUUAUUCAGGUGAAACAGAUUUAAUCUAAGAGUGGUGUUAGGAAGUAACGUUACUCAAGUAAAGCAGUUGUACGGUGUAAGAAUAAUUAUAUCGUCGGCAAUACUGAUGUGGAGAAAAGGAGGAAAAGGGUUAGAAGUGAAGUGUUUUGUUAUAUUUUUCUUUAUUUCAAAAUGAUUUCUCUAAAUACGAUUGUAACGAACACAUUUUUCCAAGACUUAAGGGUUAUUGAUGUUUAGGAAAUUUACACUCAUUAUGCAUAGUGUUUCAAUCUGAAUUAAAAAGCAGUAAAACAAAUCUUUCACUUUUUCAGGCACAUUAUCGUAAAAUUCUCACUGAAAAUACAUUUUUUCAGGCACGGCUGGUGAUUCUCUUAGUUAUCAUCGCGGCUUACCAUUCACCACUAAAGAUCGAGACUCAAGAAACUGUGCCUCCACGUAUACGGGCGCUUGGUGGUACAAGAAUUGCCAUCACUCAAACCUCAAUGGCCAGUACGUGAAUAGUAAAAAUGACGGUAAAGGAAUGGCGUGGUAUUCCUGGAAAAAAAAUAGUAAAUCUUUAAAAAGGUCUGAGAUGAAAAUCCGUCCAAAGGACUUCUAAGGUUCAUCAUACUUUGAUAGUGUCAAAAGAUGAAUAUGUUCUCAGCAGAUACAAUAAGG